CAAACGAUCCACUUCUGUUAGAAGAUUCAAUAAUUCCACUUCAGUCGAAACGGGCAAGUUUGUACAUUUCGUACAGUUUUAAAUCCAAUGGUUGUUGCCGUCAAAGUAUUCAAAAAAACUGCACCUAAUGGUAAACUCACCGUCUAUCUUGGCAAGAGAGAUUUCAUCGACCAUUUGGAUCAUUCCGAUCCCAUCGAUGGAGUGGUAGUCGUCGAAGAUGGAUAUCUGCAAGGGAGAAGGGUCUAUGGACAGGUCAUCACAGUCUACAGAUAUGGCCGCGAAGAGGAUGAGGUCAUGGGCCUCAAGUUCAGCAAGGAAAUGGUGGUCGCCUCAGAUCAGUUAAUACCCCCCAAAAAGACUGUGGAAAAGGAGACUUCCACCCCAAUACAAGAGAAACUGAUGAAAAAAAUGGGACCGAAUGCUACCCCUUUCAUCUUCAGAUUCCCGGACAUGUCGCCAUGCUCAGUUAUCCUACAACCAGGCGAAGAUGACGGUGGAAAACCCCUUGGUGUCGAAUACUACGUUAAAGUGUACGUCGGUUCCAACGAAGAAGACAAGGGACACAAGAGGAGUACUGUGACUUUGGCCAUAAAGAAGCUUCAAUAUGCUCCCUUCAAUCGUGAAAACACUCGCCUUCCCAGCUCUUUGGUUUCCAAAGGAUUCACCUUUUCCAGUGGAAAGAUCAACCUGGAAGUGACCUUGGACAAAGACUUGUACUACCACGGCGAAAAAAUCGGCGCAAACAUAAUGAUCAGCAACAAUUCCAGAAAACAAGUGCGUAACAUCAAGGUGUACGUUGUUCAACAUUGCGAGGUUACAAUGGUCAACGCCCAGUUUUCCAAAUACGUGGCCAGCUUGGAAACGAGAGAAGGAUGCCCGAUAACACCAGGUGCCAGCUUCACUAAAGUCGUAUACUUGGUGCCACUGGCUUCAAGUAACAAGGAUCGAAGAGGUAUUGCUUUGGAUGGACGUCUGAAAGACGACGAUGUAAACCUAGCUAGCUCCACCUUAGUGCCUGAAGGGAAAUGUCCGAUUGAUGCCAUUGGUAUCGUAAUAUCCUACUCCUUGAGGGUUAAACUCAACUGCGGGACCCUUGGAGGAGAAUUGGUCACAGAUGUGCCAUUCAAACUUCUCAACCCAGCCCCUGGAAGCAUCGAAAAGGAUAAGGCCAAGGCAUUGAAAAAAUCAAGAUCCAUAGAAAAAUCGAGGUACGAAAACAGUUAUACUAACGACGAUGACGACAAUAUCAUCUUCGAGGAUUUUGCAAGAUUCAGAAUGAGCCGAGAAGAAGCUGAUUAGACCCAGGCAACAUGAGAACCUUCGCAAAUGGCUUUCACUUACGCUUUCGAAAAUUGGAAAAAAAAUGAAAAACUAAAAAUUUCCACAGAAAUGGGAUAAAAAAAAGUAGGAACCGAAUAAGCAAGCUGAACUAAUAUUGGAGAUUCUCUCAGAAGUGACUCUACUUAAAAUUUGUUUCAGUUGCAAAAGUCUUUAAUCGAAUACUCUUUAUGGAAUAUAAUCAUGUAUUAUAUUAUAACCAAAGAGUAUUAACUCUUUGCUAUUACCUUCAGAUGUAGUUUAUAUAAUUUAGCUUUGCGCAUGAAAUAAAAUAACAAGUUGCUCCGAAAAA